UACUGUAUUCUAAGCCCAGCUUCGGAGGCUUUCCGCGCGUGACUGUCAAACUUGUAAAAAAGUUGACGAUUUCGAUCCCUCAUCUACUUCGCUCCAACGAUCCACGAUGGCAGAAAUGCCCUCUGCCGCGCGCGUCCAGACUCUCCUUUCCAACCUGUCGUCGGUCACAAACCGCAUCGCCUCAUUAUCCACGCAGCACCCCGUCCGUCUGAUCCUGGUCUCGAAGCUCAAGCCCGCAUCCGACGUCCUCGCCCUCCACAGUUCAGAUGCCAGACCUUCUCAUUUUGGCGAGAACUACGUGCAGGAACUCCUCGAGAAGGCCGAGCUGCUACCUCGAAGCAUAAAAUGGCAUUUCAUCGGCGGGCUGCAGAGCAACAAGUGCAAGAUUCUCGCCGAGCGCGUGCCGAACCUGUGGUGCGUGAGCAGCGUGGACAGUGUGAAGAAGGCGAACGAGCUGGAGAAGGGCAGGAAAGCUCUGAUGGAGAAGGACGAAAGCGCAGACAGGCUGCGCGUUAUGGUGCAGGUCAACACUUCCGGCGAAGAGUCAAAGUCGGGGGUCGAGCCAAAGGAGGCUCUGGGACUUUGUAGACACAUUAGAGACUCCUGUCCGCAUCUCAAACUAAGCGGACUGAUGACGAUAGGGGCUAUUGCGCGGAGCCAGGAGACGACUGUCGAGAAUGAGAACGAAGAUUUCGAGGUCUUGCGAGCUGUCAGAGACGAAGUCGCGAAGGGCUUAGGCAUUGACCCCUCUGAGCUGGAACUGAGCAUGGGAAUGAGUUCUGACUAUGAGGGUGCGAUCAAACAGGGGAGCAAUGAGGUUAGAAUAGGUAGCUCCAUCUUCGGAGAGCGUCCGCCAAAGAAUGAGGCCAAGGUCACUGGCGAGGCAGGCUGAAAUACUAUAGAUUCUUGCAACGUCCAAGACCGUAGACUUUAAUAUUAUGUUACCGCAAGGAAAACUAUGCACAAGAGCAAU